UUGUAUUGUGUAAUGGGAAAUAAUAAUAUUUGGGUUAUGGUGUUAGUGGUGAUUGGAGGGUUUGCAUUAAGAUGCAAUGCCACAACAUAUAUUGUAGGAGAUACUUCUGGUUGGGAUAUCAGCACUGAUCUUGAUACUUGGUCUCAAGGCAAGAGGUUUUUUGUGGGAGAUGUUCUUGUUUUCCAAUACUCUUCAUCGGCAAGUUUAAACGAAGUGACAAGAGAGAAUUUCAACACGUGCAACACCACCAAUGUUUUAAAAGCCUAUUCCUCUGGAAACACCACCAUAACGCUGUCACAGCCCGGCCAGAGAUUCUUCGUUUCCGCCAACAGGUUGCUCUGUCUCGGUGGCAUGAAGCUUCAAGUCAAUGUCGAGAACAACCAAUCAUUCUCCCCCGCCACCGCUCCUCAGCCACCGACGCAGUCCGACACCCUCCCCCGACCUUCUUCCAAAACUGACAACAACGGUGUUCCGAGCGCCUCCGCCAGCUUUGUGAUCGGUGGAAAAGAGGCUCUUGCAAUUGUCUUUGUGUGUUAUGUCAUAUCCACAUCCUUUAUUGUGUUUUGAUGAAUAAUAUUUGAGUUUUUUUUGGUUUAAUAUUAGACAUGAGAUAAUAAAAAUACUUCUGCAUUAAUCUACCAUGGGCAGAAAAUGACAUAUAUAUAUAUCACAAACUCUAAUACUCUCCC